AUGGUCGCUUUCGUUGCCCCUUGCUUCGCAGCAUCUCAGAAUGGUGUGCUUUCGAGAAAGAACACUUGCCUAGUGCGGAAACGGGUCUCCAGGUCCUUGUGCGUAUGUGUGCUAAACGACAAUUCCGGCAAUGGCGUCAAUUUUCCGCCCGCCUCGUCCUGGCGAGAUGAUGCUUCCGAUGUAGAAGUUCGUUCUACAGACAAAGAAGCAGAUGAAGAGGAUAAUUUUGAAAUUCCAGAUCCACAAACGAUUCUGCGCGAAGCCAGAAUUGUGUCCGUUCCCCUCCCACUGGACGCGUACCUCGAGGAGUCCGCAUCGGGACAGGUCUUUAUAGACGAGCUGGUUCCGGAUGGCAACUCAGCCAAGACAGGUUUGAUUUCGGAAGGGGACGUCAUUGUAGCCGUGUCCUUGCCUUUUGGGGAUUCUAUGAUCCCUAUUUCUAGGACUUCCGGCGUGAAAAUGAUUCUAGAGCACGUUAGUACCCGAGACGAAGAUGAAGAGUUUUUUCAACUUGCUCUGAUUUCUUCACCUGGAGUUGAAGUAUUGAGAGCGCAAAUUCAGGAGCUUACACAGCAGGAAAUCGAAGCACACAAACGUGUACGCGAAGGCAUUGAUAAGGUCUUCAUCGAUGAAUAUCCCGAAGUCAAGAGGGUGAGUGAGGAUGAAAACACUGAGGCAUUUGAUCCGAAAUUUUUGCGCAGGGAGGGGUUCGAUAUUUGA